GCAUUGUACUGCAAAGCAUUCUCUUAACGCCGACUUCAAAUUACCUCGCAAUCAUAAUUAAGUAAGCUAUUUCAUCCAUAGCCCACAUCCAUACCCGUGAGGAAACAUUCACUACGGUCGGCGGACUUCCCAAUUGGUAACCUCCGUCAAGUUCGCCAAUGCGUAUGAUAUUCAACGUUUUGCUCUAUAAUGAACCGUACUUAUGCGGUCUUUCAUUACCUACCUAUUUAAAAGAUCUUCGAAUUCCUUCUUGUACGAACAACUUUUCUCCUUCCAAUCAUUUUCUACUGACGCCCGCGAUCAUUCAACAAGAUCAUUGUCGAUACCGAAGUAUUUAUCGAGGUAUUCACUUCUGAAACUCUUUGUUUACCAAAGGUAAGGUUGAUUUGAAAUCUACCUCAUCUUUGCUCAACACCUCGGCAUAAAAGCAUAAUUGGUUUUCAUUCACUCAUAUCUGUGCCACAAGUCACCGCUUGUGGCCUGACAUCCCAUCAUGUUAUCUACCAGACGUCUCCUCUCCUCCAUCCCUCGUACAUCCUCCUUUCUCAAGUCCAAACCAAAAUUUACGAUACGCACACUGGCUACAGAAAUUAAAUCAUUCAAGAUGUCUUCCAUGAACGCCAUGAACACAAAACAAGAGGGCGAUAUCUCCAGCGUCUUCGCCUCACUCUCUGGAACCAAAGCUACACCCCUCCCAGAACGUUUCGCUGACAUCAAACGCAACCUUAUUCGCGGUCACGAAGAAGCUGUUCAAGCAUCAUUCACUCGUCUCAUCGAUCGUCUUGCGGUUGAAAAUCGUAAGGUGGCAGAAUUGGGUCCGAAGAUUAUUCCAAGUGUGGCUUUCAGGGAUAUUGUCGAGAAGAAUGUAACUGAGGAACAGUUGAAAGAAAUGAGAGACAAGGGCUCAGUUGUUAUUAGGGGAGUUGUGGAUGAGAAGAUGGCGAGAGGUUACAAGGAGGAGGUCGAAAAUUAUGUUAAAUCAAAUCCUAGCACAAAGGGUAAGUUAUUAUUUUCAUUUUUAAUCUCUAUUCACGGAUUCUCCAUGAGCUUGGAUACAGUGCCCCUCGUGGCAUUAAAAAGAAACCGAGAAGAGCAAAACUGACAGAAAUAGGCUUCCCAGCAAACGACCCCCAGGUCUUCGAACUCUAUUGGUCACCACCACAAGUCAAGGCACGUGGUCAUCCAAAUAUGAUCGCUGCUCAAAAGUUCCUCAUUAACCUCUGGCACUCCUCCGACCCUAACUCACCAAUCUCAUUCUCCCAACCAGUUGUCUAUGCCGACCGCGUCCGCAUUCGUCAACCAGGUGAUGCUGUAUUUGCACUCGGUCCCCAUGCCGAUGGUGGAUCCGUUGAACGCUGGGAACCAAAUGGUUACGGUAUCAAGGGAGUUUACGAUUCCAUUUUCCAAGGAAAGUGGGAAGAAUUCGAUCCUUUCGAGUCUUCAUCCCGUGUCCCUGCUGUUAGUGACCUCUACAAUGGUGGAGGUAGCUGUUCCAUGUUCCGCAUGUUCCAAGCUUGGCUCGGUAUGUCUCAUACUGCACCUGGUGAAGGCACGUUGAAGGUGAACCCUCUUAUUCAACUCACCACUGCCUACUUUUUGCUCCGACCCUUCUUUGAACCCAUCAAGGAAUUGCCAGAGGGAAAGGAAGAUCAAUAUACUGCCGAAUUUCUCAGUCCUGAGAAUUGGAGAUUGAUCCCAACUGAUAAGAUGACUACUGCUCUUCAUGGUGCUACACCUAGUCAGGGACAAGAGAUGACUGAAAAAUUACAUCCACAUUUGGAUUUGAAGAAUACCAUGAUUCAUAUCCCGAAGAUCAACCCAGGUGAUUAUGUUGCCUGGCAUUGCGAUAGUAAGUUCUUAAUUCCUCAACCUACUUUAUAAUGUUCUCGUGAUGUACUCCUUGCUAACCAAUCCGCCCAAAUAGUGAUUCAUGCCGUAGACAAAACCCACGCCGGCAAAUCCGACAGUUCCGUCCUCUACAUCCCUGCUUGUCCACUCACCCCGAUCAACGCCGAAGCACUCGCCCGCCAACGCGACACCUUCCUCGCCGGAGUCCCCGGUCCAGAUUUCCCAGGUGGAAAGGGUGAGAGUGAACAUAUCGGUCGACCGGGACUCGAGGAACUCGAAGCAUGGACUGGUGAAGAGGGAUUAAGAGCAAUGGGAUUGAGUAAAUUUAUCGCAAGUGAGAAGGGAGCUGGUGUUGAAGAAGCUGUGAAGAUUGGAAAUGAAUAUUUGGGAUUUUAAGGAUGUGGAGAAUUUGGGUUGGUGGGUAUUUCAAUGUGGGAUGGAUAGGAUAGGAUAAUGGGUAUUAAAUGCGCGGUUGGCAGUUUUUACUGUCGGAGGAAAGAAGCGAAAUUCAGAUUUGCAUCGAUGCGAAUAGUCUGGGAGUUAUUUGAUAGCGAGCAUGGCGUAGGAUUUUAUUUUGCAUUUUCAAUCAUUUCUUUCUCUCGUCUGGGGAAAUUGAAAUGGCGGAUCUUGAGUUGACCGUUUACAUACCGGUAGUUUUCUCAAGCUUAUCAUAGGGGCGUAGGGAAGGAAUAAUUCGAAUUUACAUCAAGUAGAUAGUAAAAGUACAUAACAAAUCAAUACAUUACAA